ACGGGACCUGGAUUAAUAUCACGUUACGUAGAUCAUAUUCAUGAAUCAUAAAACAUUGGCUCACUUGUUUGUCAAUAACGUAUUAAUAAAUCAACAACAUUGGCUCACCUGUUAAAAGUUUGUAGCUGCAUUUGUUUCAUCAAGGUUUUGUUUAUCUGCGCCGUGCGUGGUCUACAUCUGUAAACAAGGAAACUGCACCUCCCCCAAAUUGACGUAGAAUGCGGAAGCAAAUUCAGAACUCAAGACUGAAGAGGCAUAGGCAAAGAAGAUACUUUUACCGGUCUCACUUGAGGUGAAGGAUGGCGACAGGGGGGACCUCCUCUUCCAGUGGGGAGGGCUUCCUCUCCAGAAUGGCCCUCAAUGACAACAAGGCUGGAAUGAAGGGCCUUGACAGGGACAAGAUAAACAAGAUCAUCAUGGAGUCCUCUAAGGGCUCCAGGUUCUAUGAGAACGAGCUGAAGAAGGAACAGCAGGUGAACCAGCGCAUUGAGAGGAUGAGGCUGCAGAAAGCACACAUCACUGAGCAACAGCUGAGCAAAGCUCAAGCACAGGUGGAGAAGAUGACCUCUGACCUGGAGAGGGGUCGUGACCUGAGCCAUGUCAUUGUGCACGUGGAUAUGGAUGCCUUCUACGCUGCGGUGGAGACGAGAGACUGUCCUGACCUGAUGGACAAACCCAUGGCUGUGGGCUCCAUGAGCAUGUUGUCAACAUCCAACUACCAUGCCAGGAAGUUUGGGGUCCGUGCCGCCAUGCCUGGCUUCAUCGCAAAGAAGCUCUGCCCAAACCUGGUUAUUGUUCCAACCAACUUUGACAAAUACAGAGCAGUGAGCGCUGAAGUCCGGGAGGUCUUUGCAGACUAUGACCCUCACUUCCUGCCCAUGAGUCUCGACGAAGCAUUCCUGGACAUCAGUGAGCACCUUGAGCAGAGGAGGGGCUGGCCAGAGGCCCUCCGUACCCACCGUCUCCGUCUCCACACCAACAACACUGGGGCAGCUAGAGUUGAAGAGCAUGGUGAUGGCCUACCUGAGACAGUAGGGGUAGAGAGUUUGUCUCCUGUUCUGUUUGAGGACAGCCCCAGCUCCUCCCCCUGUCUGCAGGAUGCUGCUGGGGGAGACGUGGUGGUGUUUGGGACCUGUGCCGAGGAGGCGGUGAGAGAGAUGCGCUUCCGCAUCGAGCAGAAGACCUCACUAACUGCCAGCGCAGGCAUUGCCCCAAACAUGAUGCUGGCCAAGGUGUGUAGUGAUAAGAACAAACCCAACGGCCAGUACAGACUCCCCUCUAACCGACAGGCUGUCAUAGACUUCAUACAGGACCUGCCAGUCCGGAAGGUCUCAGGCAUUGGGAAGGUGACAGAGAAGAUGCUGGGAGUUCUUGGUAUCACCAGCUGUUCCCAUCUUGGCCAGGAGAUGGCGAUGCUGACCCUGCUGUUCUCUGAGACGUCUUGGCAUCACUUCCUCCACAUCUCCCUGGGCCUGGGCUCCACACACAUCGAGAGGGACGGAGAGAGAAAAAGCAUGAGUACAGAGAGGACGUUUGGAGAGAUGAGUGCAUUAGAGGAGCAGUUCUCUCUGUGCAGGGAGCUGUGCCAAGACCUGGCUCAGGACCUGCAGAAGGAGGCUCUUAAGGGCAAGACGGUGACGUUGAAGCUGAAAAAUGUCAACUUUGAGGUGAAAACCAGAGCGUGGACGUUGCCGUGUGCUGUUGCUACGAUGGAAGAGCUCUUUGCUGUCGCUAAGAACUUGCUGAAGACUGAGAUCGACAACGUCAGCCCCCAGCCACUGAGACUGAGGCUCAUGGGCGUUCGAGUUUCCAGCUUCGCCAGCGCUGAUGACAAGAAACCCCGGCAGAAGAGCAUUGUGGGAUUUCUCCAAAAAAAUGGGGCUGACUCAAGUAGCCCCUUCCAGAUCUCCUCCCACAAGCCUGUGAUAGAGCAUCAACCUAAGCCUCCAGGCCAGACCAAGCCCUCUGCCUGCCCUUCCCUGGUACAGCAGAGCCAGGGGCAGGAGGGUCACUCCUGGGUACCCAGCCGGGGAGGGGUGGAGGUUGGGAGGACUGGGGAGACCUUCCAGCAGUCCUUCUUGCAGAGAGCUCACACCCAGAGGCAGCGGCUGCAAGUUGAGAGAGAGGACCCACCAGAGAAUGGAGAUUGGAAUGGCUUAGAGACCAGACGGGGCCCAGCCUCAUCGGCCACCAACACCAAAGACACACAGACACAUACUCAGAAGAAUACAAAUACAUCAGCAGAGACACACAUCUCUAUGAGUGCAUUGACAGCUUCUGACAAAAUGACACAUGCACCUACAGCCAGCACCACAGAGGCCCAUGCAUCCACUUCAUCAUGCUGUUCAACAGAGCCAGAGUCAGGGACAGACAGUCUGACCUGCCCUGUGUGCUUCAGGGCUGUAAACACCACAGACCUGACAGUCUUCAACAGACAUGUUGACCAGUGUCUCGGUGGGGUUACUAUGGGGCAAAACAACCACACAGACACAGAAAUAGAGAGAGGCCCCAGUGUCUGUGAGGAGGAGGUGGAGAAAGAGAUAACUGUAGGGGAGAGGAAGUGGGAGGAGGGGGUGAUGGAGAAAGGUAGGGAGCUACUCCGUAGGUGCAUGUUGGACUCAGUGGGCCUUCGAUUGGACUCUAGUGCAGGUGAUCAUAUAGAGGACACUACAGGACUACUUCUAUAUGAGACUAGUACAGCUAAUAUUUCACUAAACACUGUGGGCCUGAACCCUGUCUGCCUUAACACUUGUCCAAAUGGAGGUGUAUCUAUAUGUAGAGGUACAGACCCUAACACCCUGAAUGGUUCGUCUCAAAGUGACCCUCAUGUUCGGGUUUGUCUGUUGUCCCCCGGUGGCCCUCGGCCAAUGACUACGCCCAAGCCUGAGUCACAUGACCACAGAGGCCCCACCCUCACCUGUCCAGUUUGUCUGGAGACCCAGGACACCAAUGACCUCAUCCUUUUUAACCGACACGUUGACCUCUGUCUGAACCAGGAAGUCCUGCAUGAGCUUGGGGGACUGGCGUCUAUGGACCGCACCCCCCACAAUGCACCACCUGCUGCCCACAAAGAGAGAGAGCAGCCCCUGCAGAGAGCGCCACAGAAAGGCAAGAGCAAAAGGAGAGGCUUGUCUCCCCCACCCCCCCCUAAGAAGGCCAAAGCCCUUGGCCCAGCUAGGAACACCAUUGACAAGUUCUUCAGGUGACGCACCUCAGGUGACAACACACACAACUCCCAGAGGAUCCCGUGUAUGACGUCUUAUGCUCAGACAGUGAUAAUGACUGACUGUUACCUGGAUCUCAGGUGAAUGGAAUGCUGGUGACCUCACUAGCAACCAUCCCUACCUACCUAGUACUUCUGGGAUUGCUGGAAAUUUGGAUUGCUUACCACAAGCAUUGAAGAUGCACUUUCUUCUUUCAAUAAUAUGAGUUUUUAUGUCUUUUGUGCCGUCUUUAAAGUCAUAAUGGUCAUAAGUUUGCAGGCAAAACCUUUGCAGUGGUUUUAGUGAAGGUAGUUGAUGCAAACUAACCACUUGCAAAAUGCACUCAUUAAAAAUAACCUCUGUGAUCACCAUCUUGCUAGCUACUAUUUUUGUUUUAAUUCAAACGGAUAAGGUAGUGACCUAGGCAGUGACAUAGUUCCUCUAUGCCAAACUGACCUUCUAUUACUUACAGAGGUGUUAAACCGGAACAUUGAAACCACAGGCAGCAGGUGGCACCUUAAUUGGGGUGGAGGGGCUCAUAGUAAUCACUGGAACAGAAUAAAUGGAAUGGUGUCAAACACAUCAAACAUGGUUUCCAUGUGUUUGAUACCAUUCCAUUUACACCAUUCCAGCCAUUAUUAUGAGCCGUCCUCCUGUGAUUUGAAACAUUGUGGGAGGCAACCCUGGUGUCUAGAGAGACUACUACCUUCUGCUAAAUGAGGGAACUCUGUGUUUUUGCAUCUUGUGUUUUGCACCAUUUUAAAUGAAAAGAAUAAUAAGCAUUAAUAGAGUUGAUCCUCAGUCAUUUAAACACAUACUGUGCAGUAUGGAUGUGAAGAAGAGGGUUGUGAAUAGAAUACCAGUAUGAGAUUGCAUUAUUUUUGCAUAAGUUAACUGAAGUAUAGGCUAUUUAGUAGUUUUUUAAAUAUUGUAUUCAAAUAUGUAUUUCAUAGGCUAUUUUUCUUAUGGAAAAUAAAAGUUGCCACCACUGUAAAUGUGGCUCAAUGAACGAGUAAGCAAUA